GGCUGGAGCGGCGCGAGCCAUGAAUAUACUGGAGGCGUAUGGUUAGGCCUCCAAGAGGGCCUUCUCCUUAGUAUAACAUCUGCAACUAUUCACUUUUUCGCAGAUCAGAAGGGUGCGUACUUGGUGCUCAAUCGCCGCCUUCUCUUUUACGCACAGAAAAGAAUUCGAGGCUGCUCGUCACGAAAAUUGGGCAAGUAUCCUAAGCCAUGGCGCCCAUCAUUGAUCCUCAAGAAAGCCUUGCGGCUUUCCGCCAACGCCUCGAUGGAGUUGCUAUGUUCACAUACAUCCUCAUCAUGUUUCUCGUCCCCCUGAAGAUCUGGUGCCGCUACCGUCACCGGGGAUGGCGCAACGUUCAAUGGGAUGACUACAUGUCGAUAGUCGCUUUGGCCCUCGCGAACGGCUUCUUUUACGUGUGUAUAAUUGGUAUGCGAGACUCGCUAGGUCUACACAUCUACGAGAUUGAAAAUCCACUCCAAAUCAUAGCUUUCCUGAAGAACAUCUACGUGGGAAACAUAUUGUACACUCUGUGUAUCACAUCAGUGAAGCUCUCCGUGCUAGCUUUCUACUGGCGUCUAUUCGAAAUCAAGGCUCGCAUCACAAUCUACAUUGUCACUGCCGCAGCAAUCGCCUGGUGUACUGCCAUCUUGCUCUGUGUCAUCUUCAACUGCAUACCUGUCCAAGCCGCCUGGGAUAUCACCAUAACAGGCGCGAAAUGCAUUUCCAUCCGAGCCAUCUACCUCGGCGGUUCCGUCCCCAACGUCUGCCUCGACCUGGUCAUCGUCCUCAUGCCCCUGCCACACGUGUGGCGCCUGCACGCGCCCCUUGCGCAGCGCAUUGUGCUCGCAGGCAUGUUCGCCCUCGGCACCUUCAUCGCCGUCGUGUCGCUCGUGCGCCUCAUCAUCUUUCUACAAAUUCCCAUCGCCACCCAGGGCGAUGUCACGUACAACUUCCGCGAGAUCAUCCUGUGGUCGAUUGUUGAGGUCAACAUUGGCCUGGCGUGUGCUUGUCUGCCAAGUCUGAAGCCCGUAUUCCAGGCAGUAGGGUUGAACAAACUCUUCUCUUUCUCGUCAUCAAGACCUUCCGAUGUCGAAUCACGAGGAGCGGCACAUCAGUUUGCAUCAGGUGGCUCAUCAGGCUCCCGGCCACGCAAGAAGGGCGCAACAGGUGGUUUGUUCUCCACACUGGCCGGAAUCAGCAGAAUGGACGAUGAAGAGGAGGAGACUAAAUUUGUCAACGAAGAUUUGGGUAAAAACAAUGUUGAUAUUGAGCUAGCGCGUGUGAGCGAAGACAGCGAGCAAAGAACAGCCGCCGGUGGCAUCAAUGUGCAAAAGAAUUGGAGUGUGUUAGUCGAUGAGAGGAAACCUGCGCGGUAAUGUUUUUUCUUUGGGUCAGAACAAAUGAGCAUAUUAGACGGUCAGUACGUGCAUGCAAGUCAUAUAUAGACUGCUCAACGUUUCGGAUAAAAUAACAACCACAUGACAGGAAGCUGAGCUUCCUAUACACAUAUACGAAUAUUGUUUUAGAAGCAACUGCAACAUAACUUCAUCUCUCUCUUAGUCUAUUCAAAGACUACAUCCAGGUUCAGUUGUGUCAAAUUCUCGCUAUAAAAAUGGGCAAGGGAAUAUUUGUAUGUAAUAAUAGAGAAAUUGGGCAUUUACCCAUAACAUAAUGAC